CUGCUUGCAUGAAACAAAGGAAAGAAAAGGGAGAGCAAAGCGUUUGUUCUUGUUUCUUGUAAUGCAAGCUUCUUCUUCUUCUCUUUUCCAUUCUCUCGUAGCAUCCUCUUGAAGAGGAGCUCUUGAGAAGGAGAAGGAGGAGGCAGGAGCCAAGCCGAGCCGUCCAUCGGGUUUUCAUUUCUUUUAUUCUUUUAUAUCAUAUCUCUCUUCGAAAAACAAAACAAAAAUGGCGUCUGAUAUUUCAUGGGAAGAACUCAAGAACGAGAGCAUAGAUCUCGAGAACAUCCCUGUGGAAGAGGUUUUUGCACAACUGAAAUGCUCGAGGGAAGGUUUAUCGAGCGAAGAUGGGAAGAAGAGGCUCGAGAUUUUCGGCCCAAACAAGCUCGAGGAGAAAUCCGAUAACAAGUUUCUGAAAUUUUUAGGGUUUAUGUGGAACCCUCUGUCAUGGGUCAUGGAAUCCGCGGCCAUCAUGGCCAUUGUUUUGGCCAACGGAGGAGGAAAGCCGCCGGAUUGGCAAGACUUUGUCGGUAUCACUGUCUUGCUUAUCAUUAACUCAACCAUCAGUUUCAUCGAAGAAAACAACGCUGGUAAUGCGGCGGCCGCUCUCAUGGCAAAUCUUGCCCCCAAGACAAAGGUGUUAAGGGACGGGAAAUGGGGCGAGCAAGAAGCCGCAAUUCUGGUUCCUGGUGAUCUAAUCAGCAUCAAGUUGGGCGACAUUGUUCCCGCCGAUGCUCGUCUCCUUGAAGGAGAUCCUUUAAAGAUCGAUCAAUCCGCUCUCACCGGUGAAUCCCUUCCCGUAACCAAGAUGCCAGGUGACGAGGUUUUCUCGGGCUCAACCUGCAAACAAGGCGAGAUCGAAGCAGUUGUUAUCGCUACCGGUGUCCACACCUUCUUUGGCAAGGCUGCUCACCUUGUGGACAGCACAAACAACGUUGGACACUUCCAAAAGGUUCUGACAGCGAUCGGUAACUUCUGCAUCUGCUCAAUUGCACUGGGAAUGCUUGUCGAGCUUGUGGUAAUGUACCCUAUCCAACACCGAGCAUACAGAGAUGGUAUCGACAAUCUGUUGGUACUUUUGAUCGGAGGAAUCCCGAUCGCGAUGCCGACAGUUCUGUCCGUGACAAUGGCCAUUGGAUCUCAUAGACUAUCUCAACAAGGUGCUAUUACCAAGAGAAUGACUGCCAUUGAAGAAAUGGCUGGCAUGGAUGUCCUUUGCAGCGACAAAACCGGAACCCUAACUCUAAACAAGCUUACCGUCGACAAAACCCUAAUCGAGGUGUUCCCGAAAGAUUUGAAUACCGACGGUGUUCUCCUUCAUGCGGCUAGAGCCUCAAGGACCGAGAACCAAGAUGCCAUUGACGCAUGCAUUGUUGGAAUGUUGGGUGAUCCGAAAGAGGCAAGAGCUGGAAUCACCGAGGUGCAUUUCCUGCCCUUCAACCCUGUAGAAAAGCGUACCGCAAACACAUACAUCGAUGAGAAUGGUGGUUGGCAUAGGAGUAGCAAAGGUGCUCCUGAGCAGAUCAUCGACCUUUGUGAACUCAAGGGAGAGAUGAGGCGAAAAGCCCAUGAAAUCAUCGACGGUUUCGCAGAACGUGGACUCCGUUCUCUCGGAGUAGCCCGACAAACAAUACCAGAGAAGACAAAAGAAAGCGAUGGAAGCCCAUGGGAAUUCGUCGGUCUGUUGCCGCUCUUUGACCCUCCGAGGCACGACAGUGCCGAGACAAUAAGACGUGCCCUUGAGCUCGGUGUCAAUGUCAAGAUGAUUACAGGUGAUCAACUCGCCAUUGGCAUAGAGACAGGUCGUAGACUUGGCAUGGGAACCAACAUGUACCCUUCUUCUUCACUUCUUGGCACAUCCAAGGAUGGCUCACUUGCUGGUAUCCCCGUCGAUGAGCUCAUUGAGAAGGCCGAUGGAUUCGCCGGAGUUUUCCCCGAACACAAGUAUGAGAUUGUGAAGAAGCUCCAAGAAAGGAAGCACAUUUGCGGUAUGACUGGAGAUGGUGUGAAUGAUGCUCCGGCUUUGAAGAAAGCAGAUAUCGGAAUCGCGGUGGCCGAUGCAACUGAUGCGGCCCGAAGCGCCUCGGACAUUGUUCUGACAGAGCCAGGAUUGAGUGUGAUCAUCAGUGCAGUGUUGACGAGUCGUGCCAUCUUCCAAAGAAUGAAGAACUACACCAUCUACGCGGUUUCGAUUACGAUUCGUAUCGUUCUCGGGUUCAUGCUUGUUGCUCUGAUCUGGAAAUUCGAUUUCGCGCCAUUCAUGGUUUUGAUCAUCGCGAUCCUUAACGACGGAACCAUCAUGACAAUCUCUAAGGAUAGAGUGAAACCCUCUCCUGUCCCUGACUCUUGGAAACUCAAGGAGAUUUUCGCCACUGGCGUCGUCUUGGGAACCUACAUGGCCCUUGCCACAGUGCUCUUCUUCUGGCUUGCUCAUGACACCGACUUCUUCUCUGCAACAUUCGGUGUGAGGUCAAUUCGAGGGAAUGAGGAAGAGCUCAUGGCAGCUUUAUACCUUCAAGUGAGCAUCAUCAGUCAAGCCCUUAUCUUCGUUACCCGAUCAAGGAGUUGGUCAUUUGUGGAGCGCCCGGGGCUUUUGCUCGUUAUAGCCUUCAUCUUGGCUCAGUUGCUGGCUACUUUGAUUGCCGUGUACGCACAAUGGGAAUUCGCGAGGAUCGCAGGUUGUGGAUGGGGAUGGGCCGGAGUUAUCUGGUUAUACAGUAUCGUCACAUACGUUCCUCUCGACAUCCUCAAGUUCAUCAUCCGCUAUUCUCUCAGUGGCAAGGCCUGGGACAACAUGAUCGAAAACAAGACGGCUUUCACAACGAAGAAAGACUAUGGAAAGGGAGAGAGAGAGGCUCAAUGGGCGUUAGCUCAACGUACCCUUCACGGCCUUCCUCCUCCCGAUGCGAUGUUCCAUGACAAGAACCACGAGCUAUCGGAAAUAGCCGAGCAAGCGAAGAGACGGGCUGAAGUUGCAAGGCUGAGGGAGCUUCACACUCUCAAGGGCCACGUCGAAUCCGUCGUGAAGCUGAAGGGACUCGACAUCGAUACAAUUCAGCAACACUACACUGUCUAAACAAGAUCAAAGUCUUUCCAAUGAAUGUUUAUUAGUAACCAUAAUCAUUGUAUUCUCAUUCCUUUUUUCAUUUAUUUAUCAAAACAACUGUAAAAGAGAGCUUAAUCGAGAGAUGUUUUGCCCA